GUGACAGUAACGUAUAUUUGCCAAUCAUUGUGUACCCUCCUGUACCUGACGUUAUGUAUAAUAGGUUGACGACAUAUAACUUCACAUUCGGUGUUGGAAUUCAGUAUCGUUUGGAAGCAGCUGGGUUGUAUGGAAAUGAACUGCUAUAGUCAGCAAAACAAACUUUUUUAAAAGUGGAAGUGUUAGGAAAUUUUAACAGCGUUAUAAUAAUCACCACUGUGGACGCUGUAACAGGUUUAUGAUUUCCUAUUAGACAAAGUUGGUGGUUAAGCUGUAUGUUCAAAGAUUACGGAUACAGAUAUGAACUCACUAAUGCCGCCUAAAUGCAUUCCCAAAUGUUUGAAUGGGGGUCAGUGCCGAGAGUCAUCCAAUGGUCCUUUUUGUUUAUGUCCCAGCACUUACUCCGGAGAUCACUGUGAAAUCAGCACCACUGACUUAACAACGUACAUCAUAAUUGCGGUUGUUCUAUCAAUUGGGCUCAUUUUGGUUAUUUUAAUAUUAAUGCUUAGACGUUGGAAAGGGGAACGACAAAGACCACGUAUAUUACCAAGGAUAAUCAGUGUUCGUGCUCGGCCCAGCAUAAAGAUUGAUAAAACAAAAGAUGAUGCUCCACCUGGAUACGAUGAUGUUUCGAAAUCGUGUGAAAACCAAGAUGCUGAACAAUGCGACCUCACAAAUGCUGUUGAAGCGGAUUCAGAAUCGACAUAUCUCGAACCCCCCACUGUUAAUGUUACUAAAUCCCCAAGCGUUCAGGCGCUCAGUGAAUAUCCAUUGUUAGACACUACUACGCCGGAGAGCAAAUCAGACAAAUCUGCUUUCUCCACUGACAAUAUGCAUCAAUCGAAAGACGAUCAGCUAAAAACUAAAUCUGCACCAGAUGAGAAAUUAGGCCUACCUUCUUAUGAUUUUGUCCAGGAAAACAGAGCUAGCCAAACCAAGACCCGACGAGAUCAUUCGGAACGUAGUGUGUAGUAAUUCAUCAGUCACAAGUUGACGACAAGGGGUAGAUAGUUUAGCGUAAUUAUCUGACUCCAUUCUGAGACAACUAUAACUAUAUCUCAGCUCCAUUUUAUUAGCAAGCCAGAAUUGGAUAUAGGUCUGAAAUGCAUGUGAUAACAUGUUAUUUCUGUUUUUAAAAAAAACCCAAUAUCGAGUACCGUAUUUAAUAUGGCAUUAAUGAGUUUCUUGAAGUAUAUUUAUUAUAUACAUUUUACAAAAUAUGUGAGUAGUAAAAUAUUACAUUCCAAUAUAGUAUUAUGUGACUUUAUUAAAAUUAUGUAAUGUUGUAUUGAAACUAAGAUAUUUAGACCUAGCUAAACUUAUAUAUACGGUACUAUUUUAAACUAUCCAUACUAUUAUACACUAUUUUCUCUUCGUCAAAAGCGCAAAUAUCAGCUAAAGCAUUGAAAGCAGAAUUACUAGAAGUUGUAAAUUUAUUUAUAUAAUAUUAAAAUAUAUUGUUAGCGCCAGAAUAUGAUUUUGUUCUAUUUAUGUGCAUGUUUUGCGGCCCAUAGAUUUGUAGCAUGAUCGUUUUUGUUAAACCACUUGGGCCAGUGUUGAGAGCUGUUCAAGGUUGUAAUUUUCCGGCAAUCAGAGUGUUUGUGAUUGGAUAUAAGUUGUCAAUCCAAUAAAUGGAUUCUGAAGUUACAGUUUA